GGGGAAGUCCCGGGGCGCGCGGGUACAAGAGAGAGCGGCGCCGCGGAGCGCGCCACAGGCCGGCCGUCCCCAGCCAUGUCGCGCGGCCUCCGGCUCCUGCUCCUGAGCUGCGCCUGCAGCCUGGCGCCCGCGGCGAGGGAGGUGAAGGUGGCUUGUUCCGAGGACGUGGACUUGCCGUGCACCGCCCACCGGGACCCUCGGGUCCCCUACACGGUCUUCUGGACCAAGCUUACAGAGAAUGGCGAGGAGAGGAUGGAGGUGGCCCAGGAGGGUUUGUGGCACCACCACCACCAGGACGGCUCCUUGGGAGCUCUCGGAGAAAGGCUGUACUCCCUGAAGAUUGAAAACACUACCAGCGCUGACUCUGGGACAUACAGGUGCACUCUGGAGGAGCCGGAAGGGCGGAGAAACCAAAGUGGCACCGUGACCUUGAAAGUGACAGGAUGCUCUAAGGAACGCAAAGAAGAGACUUUUCAGAAAUACAGAGCUGAGAUUCUACUGCUGUUGGCUCUGGUCGUUUUCUACUUAACACUCAUUAUUUUCACUUGUAAGUUUGCACAACAGCAGAGUAUUUUCCCAGAUUUUUCUAAACCUGGCACACAACGAGCUUUUCUCCCAGUCCUCUCCCCAAAUAAGCAUUUGGAGCCAGUGACUCUUCUCAAGACAGAACUGGUAUGAGCAGGAUUUCGGCAUGUUGUUUUCUCUCAAGUUGAAGAUAACUCAGCAGUGUGCCUUGUAGGUCACACUGGACAAAAGAAGAGUGAGCCCCACGCUGAUGAAGGCAUCCUUCCCGUGAAGUCCUCCCGGAAACUGCAGGUCGCAGCCCACUCUGUGAGCAGGACUUUGGAAACUAUUAUGGGACCACAUUGCGUGGGGCCCCCUGCAGGGAAUUUCUAGAGCUGCUUCUUCAUGGCUAACUUCUUAGCAUUGUAUUCAGCUAUCUGGUCAACCUCUUGGUAAGCUUUUCAGUCUGACACAAGCUAUGGCGAGAUGCCAUUGGAAAAGAGUCUAGGGAAGUACGGAUGCCCAGAGCUGGCCCUGUGACAGACUCUGGAGGACCUUGGUCAUCUUCACCUCUGGAAAACAUCUCUGGAAUUUGCCGUGUUCUCCUGUACUCACCCAGAAGUUUCAUGUGUAGGAGAAGUUGACAGGCCAAACUGUGAGACAGUGGGGGAUAGUUAGCAAAUCGUUUCCUGGCGUGAAGGCUCCGCUGUUAUUAAAGAAUAGUAUGUGUACCUAGAAGUAUCAAGUUGAUGAGCUGUUUCCCAAUGGAGCCUUUUCAUCUGGAAAGACACGCAUAAAGAAGCAAUAAAGAAGAGAGCCGCAUUUAUUUUGAUAUCCGUAGAUACCUGCUGAAGAAGGAUUGGUCUUUCCUGUAUCUAUAGUUAGGUAUCAAUGCUACGGCACAAGUGACCUCAGUAUGGAGAGAAUGAAGUCAGAGAGGAUGACCCGAGGAUCGUGAGAUAGUGAUGCCCUAAUGGAAAUGCUGGACCAGUCAUGCCAUCUGGGUUCCAGCCCAGUUGUCCCACUACCUAACUGUAUGAUCUUGAAUGGGGGUCUUUAUGGUUUCUGUUUUUUCGGUUGUAAACCAGAAGGUGGUUGUAGGAGUUGAUUGUGACAAUAUAUGUGAAAAUGCUUUGAAAAAGCAUGAAACACCAUAAAAAUUUGAAGCUA